AUGUUUCUAUCUUUUACUCUCAGCGAUCGACAUCAUGCUGUGGAGAUCUUAUUAUCUCGGGGCAGCGAAGUGAACGCACGGUCUAAUGAUGGUCAAACACCACUGCACCGGGCCUGUUGGUGUGGACACUUGCACACUGUCGACAUUUUGUUGGGUCACAAUGGCAUCGAUGUCAAUGUGGUGGACAAAAAUGGAGACACACCACUGCAUGUGGCAGUUUGGAGGCGAUGGUAUAAAGUGGUGUGUCUGAUGCUGAACCAGGGUUCAGUUCAGCUGGAUAUUCAGAACAAAAAGAAAAUGACACCAUUGCUUGAAGCCGUUUCCCGGGGUCACCUCGGAAUGACACACAAGUUAAUAGCCCUGGGUGCAAACAUGAAUGCUGUUGAUGGUGAUGGUAACAGCUGUUUGCACAUUGCCGUGAAAACAGAAGUGUUUAAUUCCGAGGAUGCACCCAUGGAUUUACUAAACAAAUGCUGCACUGCCCUUAACCUGAACAUGGACGAAAGGCUCUCUGGUGUAGUGGUUGCGAGAUAUCUCGCCAGCCAGGGAGCUGACUUCCACCAUAAAAACAACAACAAUAACACACCAUUGGACCUCAUUAAGGACCCAAACUUGAGAAAAAAAUUAGAAGCGUUUUCACAACCACAAAGUCGCUUGUGUGAAGAGAACAUGGCCACCGUGAGACUGCAACCAUGGGGAGAUCUUGUUCUCUGCGAGAAUUGUUCUUCUGAAAUGACAUUUAAGAGAUGCCCCAUGUGUCAAGAUUACACACUCAGCAAAAGAGAAUUUGCAAGGCCAAUAUUUGAAGACAAAGAGGUCCAGACAGUAGAAGAACCACGUGAGAGUCCAGUUCUGAAGGAGAGGGAUCUUCUGAGAGUGGCUAAGAGGUUAGGACGUGAUUGGUGGCAAGUGGCUAUUUUUUUAGAAGUUGAUACAACUGAACUGAAAAUUGAUGACGAGUCUAUUGUCACUGUAAAACAAGGCUACCUGAUGCUUAACGAAUGGUUAAAAAAUUGCGACCCAGAAACACGGACACACGCAACAUUAAGUGCAGCUCUUGAAGAAGCUGAAUGUUUCACUGCGAUGGAAUGUCUGUCAUUAGACGCAAAGUAAAUUUCUGUGUUACUGUUGUUGUUUAGCCUCAGAUUAACCUUGACCAAACAGAGACUUAUGAUCAAACGCAUUCCAGCCAGGACCAUCAUGCCUAUUUCCAAAGAGAACCCACAACCACAUUGUUCAAUAUGCCCUUCUGUACAGUGGUAUCGUGUGAAUUUAGCUACUAAUUCUAGCAGGUAUAUCAACGACAUAGUGAUCCAUUCACUGGUUUGGCUCCUUUGUUAAAAAAUCACAUUAAAAUAAAGACAAACUUUGAAAUGUUCAUUU